GCUGCACACUCGAAAAAAUUUGACUGCACUGUCAGAUCUCGCCCCUCUCUCUCGUACCACCACCAUCUCCAUCCAUCUCUCCAUCCAUCCCAUCAAAAUAUCGUGCAGAAAAUCGCCCCUUUCUCUCGCAUCUCCUGUCUUAUAUCAUCCUGUUAUUCUAUGGCCAUCUCUGCCAGUCUCUCUCAAGACACUAUACCACAUGCUUUGCCUCUCCUGUCCCACUCAGACAAUGGCUUUCAUGCCGUCGAGCGCGAUCCCACUUCGUGGUCAGGCGCUCUCCCCGCAAAUCAGGGGCUUUACUUGAAUGAAAAUGAAAAAGAUUCCUGUGGCGUUGGCUUCAUCUGUCAUAUCAAGGGCGAGCAGAGUCACAAAAUCGUUUCUGAUGCUCGCCAACUCCUCUGUGCAAUGACCCACAGAGGUGCUACUGGCGCUGACAGUCGUGAUGGUGAUGGUGCCGGCGUCAUGACCGGCAUUCCCCACUCCUUCUUCAAGCGCGAGGCCGAAAGAGACAUUGGCUGUAUCUUGCCCGAUCCUGGAGAGUAUGCUGUAGGAAACGUCUUCUUCAAGGCAAACGAUCCCGUCCAGCUCCAGAACUACCAAGCUUCCUUCUCUAAAGUCGCCAGUGACCUCGGCAUGCGAGUCCUAGGCUGGAGGGCAGUCCCCACGGAUGGUACCAUUCUUGGUCCCGCCGCUAGCAGCAAGGAGCCAGUCAUCUAUCAACCAUUCGUCGUCCUUCGUACCCACUACGGUGAUGGAACUGUAAGCCAGGGUGGCCCUUUCGAUGCCAAGUACUUUGAGCGACAACUCUAUGUCUUACGCAAGCAUGCGACCCAUAUUAUUACGCUCGCGAAAGGAUUCUACGUGUGUUCACUAUCCUCCAAGAACAUCGUGUACAAAGGACAGCUCUCUCCUCCACAAGUUUACAAUUACUACCAUGAUCUCAACCAUGUUCUGUAUCGUUCACACUUUACUUUGGUGCAUUCGCGAUUCUCGACAAACACAUUUCCUUCAUGGGAUCGAGCCCAGCCUAUGAGAUGGGCUGCGCACAAUGGUGAGAUAAACACCGUGCGAGGCAACAAGAAUUGGAUGCGUGCUCGAGAGGGUGUGUUAUCGUCAACGCUUUUCGGAGAUCAGCUCGACCUACUCUACCCUAUUAUUGAAACUGGUGGUUCAGAUUCUGCGGCCUUCGACAAUGUCCUCGAAUUGCUUGUUGUCAAUGGCGUCGUGACUUUGCCUGAGGCUGUUAUGAUGCUCAUCCCUGAGGCAUGGCAGGGCAAUGAGCAUAUGGAAGCUGAGAAAAAGGCAUUUUACAACUGGGCCGCGUGUCUUCAAGAACCGUGGGAUGGACCGGCUUUGUUCACUUUCAGCGAUGGCCGCUACUGCGGUGCCAAUCUUGAUCGGAAUGGUCUUAGACCUUGUCGCUUCGUCGUUACCAACGAGGACAUCAUGGUAUGUGCUUCUGAGGUUGGAGCCGUGUUCAUUCCGCCCGAGAAGGUUGUACAGAAAGGCCGCCUCAAGCCUGGACGUAUGCUCCUUGUUGACACUUUGGAGGGUAGGAUCGUUGAUGAUAAGGAGUUGAAGCGGAACACAGCGACGAAGCAGAAUUUCGCGUCUUGGGUAGAAACCCACGUUCUUCACGUACCCAAUAUCGUCAAACGUGUCAUACGUAGCAAUACUCCCAUCGACCCUAUCAUUGAUGAUGCACCACUUAGCUGCGAUCCAAAACUACUCGCAUUCGGCUACACAGUUGAGCAACUAAGCUUGCUCAUGUUGCCCAUGGUAUCCAGCGGCAAAGAAGCCCUAGGAUCCAUGGGCAACGACGCCCCUUUGGCGGCAAUGGCCACGCAGCCUCGCCUAAUUUACGACUAUUUCCGACAGCUCUUUGCACAAGUUACGAACCCGCCAAUAGAUCCUAUUCGCGAGAGCAUAGUUAUGUCACUUGAGGCAUAUGUCGGGCCUGAAGGAAAUCUUCUGGAGAUGAAGCCGGAACAGUGCCACCGCAUCCUCCUUCCCUCGCCUCUCAUCUCUAUUCAAGAAAUGAAUGCCAUGAAAAACCUCAAGCAGGCAUACACUGGUUGGCCAUCUGUCACAAUUGACAUUACCUUCCCGAAGGAAGAGGGCCUGCCCGGCUACCAGCUUGCUCUUCAACGUGUCUGCAGCGAGGCCACGCAAGCAAUUGAUGACGGCAUGAAGGUUGUCGUGUUAUCUGAUCGCGCCACUGGUCCUUCCCGAGUUCCCUUGUCUGCAUUGGUCGCUUGUGGAGGCGUCCACCAUCAUUUGGUAUUACAAAAGAAGCGCGCCAAAGUGGCACUUAUGGUGGAGACAGCAGAAGCACGAGAAGUACACCACUUGUGUGUUCUUGUGGGGUAUGGUGCUGAUGCGAUAUGUCCUUGGUUGAUGUUGGAAACUAUCCAUAAAAUUGGACGAGAGGGCCUUAUAAAAGGCGACCAAACCAUGCAAGGGUUAAUGGAAAACUAUCACCAAUCUAUCGACAAUGGUAUCUUGAAGGUCAUGUCGAAGAUGGGUAUUUCCACCCUGCAGUCUUAUAAAGGUGCACAGAUUUUCGAGGCUCUUGGUCUUCACAGUGAAGUGGUAGAGCGAUGCUUUAUUGGCACUGCAUCGCGAGUCCAGGGUGCUACAUUCGACCUUCUCGCUAUGGAUGCUUUCGAACUUCACGAACGCGGGUGGCCAUCUCGGGACACUAUUGUACCCCCAGGCAUGCCGGAAUCUGGUGAAUAUCACUGGCGCGAUGGAGGCGAGGCGCAUAUCAACGACCCUGCUGGUAUCGCCAACUUACAGGAUGCUGUGAGGGAAAAGAAUCAGAAGGCAUAUGACGCAUACGCUCAAAAUGCUAACGAUCAAACAAAGUCUGUUCAUCUUCGUGGUUUGUUGGACUUCCGGUACGAAACUGCAACCCCGAUCCCGAUCGAGCAAGUGGAGCCUUGGAAUGAAAUAGUACGGCGAUUUGUGACUGGAGCGAUGUCCUAUGGUUCUAUAUCGAUGGAGGCACACUCAACUCUUGCCGUUGCUAUGAAUCGUCUUGGCGGCAAGUCCAAUACCGGUGAGGGAGGUGAGGAUGCGGAGCGUUCCCAUGUCCUUCCCAACAAAGACACAAUGAGGUCUGCUAUCAAACAAGUUGCCUCAGGACGGUUUGGAGUCACCUCGAACUAUCUCGCUGACGCCGAUGAACUGCAAAUUAAAAUGGCGCAAGGUGCUAAGCCUGGUGAGGGUGGUGAACUUCCGGGUCAUAAGGUUUCGGGAUCGAUCGCUCGUACGCGGCACUCAACCGCCGGUGUGGGCCUCAUCUCGCCUCCUCCUCAUCACGACAUCUAUUCCAUUGAAGAUCUAAAGCAGCUAAUCUAUGAUCUGAAAUGCUCCAACCCUCGUGCGCGGGUAUCCGUCAAGCUCGUGUCAGAAGUGGGAGUUGGUAUUGUGGCGAGCGGUGUCGCUAAAGCAAAGGCGGACCAUAUCUUGAUAUCCGGUCACGACGGUGGAACCGGUGCUUCUCGUUGGACUGGUAUCAAAUAUGCCGGCCUUCCUUGGGAAUUGGGUUUAGCAGAAACUCACCAAACGCUUGUUUUGAACGAUCUUCGUGGUCGUGUCACGGUGCAAACUGAUGGCCAAAUAAGGACUGGUCGUGAUAUUGCAAUUGCAUGUUUGUUAGGGGCCGAAGAAUGGGGCUUCGCCACCACACCUUUGAUAGCCAUGGGCUGUAUUAUGAUGCGCAAGUGCCACUUGAACACCUGCCCAGUUGGCAUCGCUACUCAAGAUCCCCAACUCCGUGCGAAGUUCGCAGGUCAACCCGAGCAGGUCAUAAACUUCUUCUACUAUCUCGCCGAAGAUCUUCGUGGCUACAUGGCGAAAUUAGGAUUCCGGACUAUCAAUGAGAUGGUUGGCCGCGCAGACGUUCUUAAGGUCAAUGAAAAGCUUAGGACUAUCAAGACUGCGCAUCUGGACCUGUCUGCUGUUCUAAAGCCUGCAUGGCAAAUGCGACCUGGUGCAGCGACCUACCGUGUACGAUCGCAGGAUCAUAAAUUGUACAUUCGCCUCGAUAACAAAUUCAUUGAUGAGUCUGAGCCUGCCCUCACGAAAGGUCUUCCUGUCCACGUUGAGUGCGACGUUACCAACACCGACCGCGCGCUAGGCACCUCAUUGUCUUAUCGCAUAUCAAAACUUUAUGGAGAAGAGGGCCUUCCCAAAGACACUAUCCAUAUCCGUAUGAGAGGCUCCGCUGGGCAGUCAUGCGGUGCUUUCCUUGCUCCUGGUAUCACCAUCGAGCUAGAGGGAGAUUCUAACGACUAUGUGGGCAAAGGCCUUUCUGGUGGUCGUUUGAUUGUUUACCCCCCCAAGCAAUCGCCAUUCAAGGCCGAGGAAAAUAUAAUUAUAGGCAACGUUUGCUUAUACGGGGCCACUUCUGGUGAAGCCUUUAUUCGUGGUAUCGCAGCCGAGCGGUUCGCUGUGCGCAACUCAGGGGCAAAUGCUGUUGUUGAAGGCACUGGUGACCAUGGUUGUGAAUACAUGACUGGUGGCCGCGUUGUUGUCCUAGGAGCGACUGGGCGUAAUUUUGCAGCGGGAAUGAGUGGUGGUAUUGCUUAUGUACUUGACACGGCUCAUACAUUUGCGUCCAAGGUCAACAUGGAGAUGGUCGAGCUUGGAAAAGUUACAGACCCUCGUGAGAUCGCGGCAUUACGAAGCCUCAUCGAGGAUCACAGGCAUUAUACGGGAUCAGAAGUAGCGGAUCGCGUACUUCAUGACUUCCACCAUCUUCUCCCUCUUUUCGUUCGCGUCAUGCCUUUGGACUACAAACGUGUUCUCGAAGAACAGACUGCUAAAGAAAAGGAUGAGAAAUUGCGACUCAAUGUUAUUGACUUGGUCCCUUCUCGAACUGCGAGCCAAGUCGAUCUUGCUUCUGAAGGUUUGGAAGACAUCCUUCUACCCAAGGAGCCUCCCAGCUUGGUCCAUCCCAAGCGCCAUGAGCCCGCAGUUGUAGAUUUGGAGGAUUCAAUGCUUGAUGAUUCCACAGCGAAGCAGCGCCUUCACAAACUUGACAAAACUCGCGGUUUUAUGAAGUAUCAGCGUCUCAACGAGUCUUAUCGCCCGCCUCGUAAACGUGUCAAGGACUGGAAAGAAAUCUCUAACCGCCUGACAGACAGCGAGCUCAAGUACCAGUCUGCUCGUUGCAUGGACUGUGGUGUUCCAUUCUGUCAGUCCGACACCGGAUGUCCCAUUUCAAACAUUAUUCCAAAAUGGAACGAUCUGGUGUUCAAGGGGCAGUGGCAGGACGCUCUCAACCGUCUUUUGAUGACAAACAAUUUCCCUGAAUUCACUGGUCGAGUUUGCCCAGCCCCAUGCGAGGGCGCAUGUGUUUUGGGAAUUAACGAGCAACCUGUAGGUAUUAAGAGUAUUGAGUGCGCUAUCAUCGAUAAGGGCUUUGAGAUGGGUUGGAUGGCACCGAACCCUCCAUCCUUCCGAACCGGUAAAAGGGUUGCUAUCAUUGGCUCUGGACCUGCAGGUUUGGCGUGUGCCGACCAACUUAACAAAGCUGGACAUCUGGUUACGGUUUACGACCGUAAUGAUCGUAUGGGCGGCUUACUCAUGUAUGGAAUUCCGAACAUGAAGCUCGACAAGGCCAUCGUGCAACGUCGGAUAGAUCUUAUGGAGGCGGAGGGUGUGACUUUUGUUAAUAAUGCCCACGUUGGCGUCAAUGUUGAUGCAGCUGCACUGCAAGACGAGAAUGAUGCUGUUGUUGUUUGUACCGGGGCCACCUGGCCCCGCGAUUUGAAAAUCCCAAAUCGCCAGGUCGAUGGCAUUCACUUUGCCAUGGAGUUUUUACAGCUGAACACCAAAUCUCUUCUUGAUUCGGAGUUGCAAGAUGGGGGCUACAUCAAUGCCCGCGGCAAGGACGUCAUUGUCAUUGGUGGAGGUGACACGGGUAAUGAUUGUAUCGGAACAUCAAUGCGACAUGGCGCAAAAUCUGUGACCAACUUCGAGUUGCUGCCAAAGCCACCUGCUUCGCGAGGAAGGGACAACCCUUGGCCUCAGUGGCCUCGAGUUUUCCGAACGGAUUACGGACAUACUGAAGUAGCUGCUCACUUUGGAAAUGAUCCCAGGGAGUACUGUAUAUCUACAAAAGAGUUUAUAGUUGAUGACGAUGGAAAACUCAAAGGCUUGAAUACAGUGCGAGUUGAGUGGACGAAAGAUAGCGGUGGCAGAUGGAAGAUGGAGGAAGUGCCUGGCUCACAGAAAUUCUUCCCAGCGCAACUUGUUUUCCUUGCCCUUGGUUUCCUUGGUCCUCAAGCGGAAGUUGUUAACGCUUUCGGAGUGAAGCAGGAUGCCAGGUCGAAUAUUCAAACAGCCCCUAAGAAAUAUUCCACCAAUGUAGAGGGAAUAUUCGCAGCGGGUGAUUGUCGCCGUGGGCAGUCAUUGAUUGUCUGGGGUAUCAACGAGGGUCGCGGUGCUGCUUCCGAGGUCGAUGCCUGGUUGAGUGCAGGAUCAACUAGAUUGCCCGCUGCUGGAGGUAUCAAGACAAGAACCUUCGUCCCUCCUCCCAGCAAGAUGCCACAGACUGUCAAAGUGGAAGCUUGAACCCUAUCAAUGGGAUAUCAUGGAAAUUCUUUCGAGUGUUGGAUAUUGCGUAUGAAUGUACAAUUACGAACCUCACGCCUAAAUGUUGGCUCAAAAAAAUCUUGUAUGUUUUUUAUCUUUAUCUCAAUAGAUUAUUCGACAACGGGUCAUGCGGAUGCGGCCCGUGCUCUGUGAGAAGCCUGUAACAC